GUAACGCGGUCCGCUGUAGUGAUUGGCUGACUCGAGGGUCAAGGAAACGGGAAGAGCACAGGUUGCCUGUUCUUGGUUACUUUCUGGGGAGGGUGAGAGUCACGGAGCGCUACUGUUGCGGCUGAUCGAGACUUUCUUUUUCUGAAGCGCGUGGCAGUCACCACAGGAGAAGGGGCGCGCUGACAUAUCGCUUUUACUGCUCCUUCAUAAAUGGGGUGCUUCUUCUCCAAAUCAAGGAGAAAAUCUCCUAAAAAAGACUCUGCUUUGCCCGCUGGAGACAAGAGCGCUACGAGCAAUGACCUCCUCGACUCCAACAACACUGCGCUGGGCAGCAACAGCAACCAGGAGGCUCCAAAGCAGUACAGUUGGGAUAAACGAGAAAAGGUUGACCCGAAAGACUUUAUGCUGACAGGCCUAAAGAAUGAGACAGUGGGCCGGUUGCCAGGCAAACUCAACGGCCAGCAGUUUGUCAUUCAGGAUUGUGAGAACUGUAACAUCUACGUAUUCGACCAUUCGGCGACUAUUACCAUCGACGACUGUGUGAACUGCCGUAUUAUGUUAGGUCCGGUCAAAGGCAGCGUGUUCUUCAGAGACUGCAAAGAUAUCAAGUGUGUGGUGGCCUGCCAGCAGUUCCGCACCAGAGAUUGCAAGAAAAUGGACGUCUUUUUGUGCUGCGCCACCCAACCCAUCAUUGAGUCUUCAACAGGCAUGAAGUUUGGUUGCUACCAGUACUACUACCCCGAGCUGGCUUUCCACUUUAAAGAUGCAGGCCUCAGCAUCUUUAACAACAACUGGAGUAAUAUUCAUGACUUCACACCUGUCUCUGGAGAGACCAAUUGGAGUCUCCUACCAGAAGAUGCUGUUGUUGUGGAGUAUAUGCCGCUACCUGAUCCUGAGUCAGAAUUCAAGUCUGUGAGAAUCUCUACUGAAGCAAAUCGGAGCAUAGUGCCCCUGACCAAAGGAGGGCGCCGCACCGAGAGCGAAGAAUCCUGCCUGUUUGUCUUUUUUGCAGGAGACUACACAACUGCCAACGCCCGCAAGCUCAUUGAUGAGACGACCGCCAAAGGCUUUGUCCUCAUUCAGACCAAAGAGGUUUCCAUGCGCCCUGAGGAUGUGAACCGAGUGUUCCAGAGCAAUGCAGAAACCCUCACUGAGUGGAUCACCAAAGGUCCAGUGGUAGCCCUCGAGCUGAAUGGAGAUGGUGUGGUGGAGGCUUGUCAAUCCAUUGCCAAUGAAGUGUUCAAUGGGAAUAAGCUAUUUGUUUCUGAGAGCAAAGAAACAUCUUCACGUGAUGUUGACAACUUUUUCAACUUUGCUGACAUGCAGAUGGGACUGUGAAACUGGCACAAAGGAGCACCUCAAAUUAAUGUGGGUUUAUGUUUGUUUGGUUUUGUCAAUUUUGUAAUUUCAGUGAAUUGGAAUUACUUAAUAUGUGAAGCCACUGAUAUCUCAACACUUUUAGGGGUUUAUAUAACCACUAUUUUAACAUACAGUUUUGCUCUGUGAUCUGACAAUUUUACAUUUUCAUGCCGUUGAAAGAGGCAUAUAGAUGGUCAGUUAGGGUUUUGGAACCAAUCAUGAAGGCCAAGUGCCUUUAGAUAAAGAACAAAAUUGAGAACUGGAACUUUAGUCUAAUCAAAUAUUGCUGUGGACAAUUUAUCACUCAUGCUGAAAAUAAUGAAUUUGAUUAUAUAGAUAUUUAUUUAAUUGUUUUUCCCUAAAUGUAUAGCUGGAAAUUGUGUUUUAUUCUCCUUUGCUUUUAUACAUGUCAUUUAGUCCUUUAGUUCAUGUGUAGAAAAAAGAUAUUUGUCAAAUGCCAGAAAACAUGAAUUGUUGCAUCACGUUUAUGUAUAUAUAUAUAUAUAUACACACACACACACACACACACACAUAUCCAUGUUUUAUUUUCUUGUUAGCAUGGCUUUUGACGUUUUUUUCAGUAUUUUUUUAUUAUUGUAAACAAAUGACAUUUGUUCUCCUUAUGUUUUUAAGGUAACACUGUUCUAAAAAGAAUGUAAAACGGUGAUCUGAUGUUGAAUGUACUACUAAAAGGAGCUUUAGUUGUCUCCUUUACAACUGCUCUAUUUUUGUAGGAACAUUUUAGCAAGCACAACUUUCCUGUGACCAAAAAAAACUCUUUUUUUCUUAUUUGUAUGAGACAGUUUUGUAGAACUGAAUAUAAGCUGUGAUUUGCCAAUACAUUCAUUUUAGUCAACA